AUGGCGCAGUCGAGGAACGAAAUGGUGGUGACCACGAGUAAAGCGGUGUUGGCGAGGUGUGACAGGACCAAUUCCAUGCUGGGCUCGACUCAGCAAGUCCACUCGGCAGGCUCGAAUGUCUCUACUCCAGGCGCCGAAUUUCCUGGAUCGUACCCCAAGGACCGCGACGAACAUGUUACUUCCUCGACGACAUCCGGUUCCAACAAGUUCACGAAUCCCGAUGGAAGUCCCGUUGGCGCCGAAUAUGUCCAGAGCGCGAAGCAGUACAUACCCGAUCAGGUGGAGCACGGGAUAGAAACAGCUGGCCAAACGGCUGCUGCGUACCUACCUAUCCCUCAAGGUGUGAGGGACACUGUUUCUGCUUACUGGAAGCCCGGUCAGGCCGGCGGAGCCGAAGCCCAAGGCAACGGCACAUCCCUUCCCAGUACCGAGCAUGAGGGUGCUAAUCAUUCAGAACAUCUUUCCUCUGGCGGAGGUGCGCUCCCAGGCUCAGUCGACGAGCGAGGUGUCGCCGUCGUGCCCGAUGAUCGUGCCGGUACCGACGGCCGCGGAUCGGCGACCCAGGGCAAACGCACUUCACUUCCCAGUACCGAACUAGAGGGCGCUCAGCCUUCAGACCAUCUCUCCGCUGGCGUAGGAGCACUCCCUGGGUCGAUCAAGGAACACAACGUCGCUGUGUUGCCUGAGGAACGUAGGAUCAAGGAUGGUCCCAAGGUUCCGAUCGGCAUCGGCUCUCUUCCUGGAUCCAGAGACGAGUCAAGUGUCGCCCUUCUUCCCGAUGAAAGGGCAGCCGGUCAAGCUCGUGAACCGACGACAGAAGCGUCCAAGGCUACCGAGCCCUUGGCUCCCGCCAAGCCCCAACCCGCAGAGAGGAGCGCUGCCGGCGUCGCUGCAGCGGACACUGGCACAGCUCCGAAGACCCUUCCUGAUAUUCCCGAUAGCGCAUCCCCCCAUCCGACAUCGGCGAAGCCGCAGACCACCACCGCGAAAGCUAUGUCGGCUCCGAAUCAGGACACCGAUUACCACCCUGCAAACCUACACCCACCGCCUACCGGUCCUGGCGUCGACGAGCCCGUGAACCCGGCCGGAUCCACGGGCGCGGACGAGAAUGGGCCAUCAUCUUCCAGCGUCGGGGCUGAAGAUAGGAAGUCAGAGGAGUCCACACGCAGUGGGAGUAAGACAUCAUCAGGGGAAUCGCAGCACAGGAGAAGUGGCUUCAUGACGAAGGUCAAGAAUGAGAUGAAGAUUAUCUCGGGCAAGAUUAGCGGUAACGAUGGGAAGGUGGAGGAGGGAAAGAAGGCAAAAGCGGGUGAGGUGUAA